GUUUCAUCACUCUCGUGUCGUCGACAACUUCGACGUCUUCCCUCCUCCUCCCGUCCCGUCCCCUCCUCUUCUCCUCCUUCCACCUCGCCUCCCUUCUCCUCCUCUCCCCUCACCUCGACGGAUCCGCCACCCCCUCCCACGAUAGUUUCGAAUCGACGACGGACAAGACGACAUUACAGCUGCCUCCCAUCCCCCGCUGACGCAACAGCAUCUCCCACAAUGGCUGGUGUCAAGAGCUCACUGCCCUCGCACCUCAACCCAAGGGCCACCGCCGCCGACGGUGACGACAAUGGCUUCGAGAGACGCCAUCACGGCAAGACGCGCAGUCACAUGGCAAGUUCUGCCCCUCCCCUCAGCCAUGUCCUCGCAUGCCUCUCCACAGCCGUAUCUCAUUGCCUGCCGCCCCUGUCCCUGUUCCUCUCUGCCCAUCCUACCAUCGCCCUGCUCGCCGUUCGAUUCCGCCCAUUCCUGCCACCUGUUUGCAGCGUACACAACAACACAGCAAACCACCACUGGAUCAGCCUCGCCCACGGCUUGCUCUCCCGACUCUGUGGGCUACGACCGACGCGAACUCGGCUCCUUGUACGCGCCUGGCUCGCUUCUGCUUUGUGACGGCGCGCCACAGUCUGAAGCGUCCCGGCAUGCGGCUCGCUCCAAGUUCAGUGUUGCGCCGCCCUCCACAGACUGCUACGAACCUUGCGCCGCUCACUGCUCCAUGUCACUGCCUUUCGCUCUUGGCUCGAGUGACCUAACGGACGACCUCGCCAAGUGAUGCACUUUGAGACGCUCUCCCGACUCAAUCACGACCUUCGACCGUCUUUCCCUCGGCCUACUACAUAAAGCCGCCACCCUCUUUCCCUCGAUUGCCUUGCCUGGCGCCUCCCCUCGCCGAUUACGUUUCCGCCCCCGUUACCAUGGCUCUCGUGGACGCACCUUGCGAAUCAACGCUAACCGUGCAUACGCAGGCCUUUGAGAACACGUCGACCAGCGUGGCCGCGGCUCAGAUGCGAAAUGCCUUGACCAACCUUGCCGAGACGGUCGAGGACCCCGAGCAGAAGAAGCUGUUCGAGACGGAGAUGGAUAACUUCUUUGCCCUCUUCCGCCGCUACCUUAACGACAAGGCCAAGGGCAACGCUGUCGACUGGGACCGCAUCGCCCCGCCUGCCCAGGGUCAGGUCGUCGACUACGAGGAUCUCGCCAACUCCGAGUCGGUCAACUUCCUUGGCAAGCUUGCUGUUCUCAAGCUCAAUGGCGGCCUCGGCACCUCGAUGGGCUGUGUCGGCCCCAAGUCGGUCAUCGAAGUUCGCGACGGCAUGUCCUUCCUCGACCUCUCGGUCCGCCAGAUCGAGUACCUGAACCGCACGUACAACGUCAACGUGCCCUUCAUCCUCAUGAACUCGUUCAACACCAACGACGACACCGCCGCCAUCAUCAAGAAGUACGAGGGCCACAACGUCGACAUCCUCACCUUCAACCAGUCCAGAUACCCCCGAAUCCUCAAGGACUCGCUCCUGCCCGUCCCCAAGGAUUUCAAGUCCUCCAUCACCGAAUGGUACCCUCCGGGCCACGGCGACGUCUUCGAGUCCCUCUACAACUCGGGCAUUCUCGACAAGCUGAUUGAGCGCGGCAUCGAGAUCAUCUUCCUCUCCAACGUCGACAAUCUCGGCGCCGUCGUCGACCUGCGCAUCCUGCAGCACAUGGUGGAGACCAAGGCCGAGUACAUCAUGGAGCUGACCAACAAGACAAAGGCCGACGUCAAGGGUGGUACCAUCAUCGACUACGAAGGCUCCGUCCGCCUUCUCGAAAUUGCCCAGGUCCCCAAGGAGCACGUCAACGAGUUCAAGUCGAUCAAGAAGUUCAAGUACUUCAACACCAACAAUAUCUGGCUCAACCUCAAAGCCAUUAAGCGCGUCGUCGAGCACGACGAGCUCGAGAUGGAGAUCAUCCCCAACGGCAAGACCAUCCCCGGCGACAAGAAAGGCGAGUCGGACAUCUCCAUCAUUCAGCUCGAGACGGCUGUCGGCGCCGCCAUUCGCCACUUUAAGAAUGCACACGGCGUCAACGUGCCGCGCCGCCGCUUCCUGCCCGUCAAGACUUGCUCGGAUCUGAUGCUGGUCAAGUCGGAUCUGUACACCCUCAAGCACGGCCAGCUCCAGAUGAGCGCCGCCCGCUUCGGCGACGCCCCUCUCAUCAAGCUCGGCGGCGACUUCAAGAAGGUUUCAGACUUCCAGAAGCGCAUUCCCUCGAUCCCCAAGGUCCUCGAGCUGGACCACCUGACCAUCACGGGCGCUGUCAACCUCGGCCGCGGUGUAACGCUCAAGGGCACUGUCAUCAUUGUGGCUACCGAAGGCAGCACCAUUGACAUCCCCCCGGGUUCCAUCCUGGAGAACGUAGUGGUUCAGGGCAGCUUGCGUCUGCUGGAGCAUUAAACGGAGACGGGGUCGCGACGGGAAAAGAGAGACCCCUUUAUUCUUCGCGGUGGCGGGGAUUUACAAACGCGCCAUGGGCCGGUGGUCAAGUUGCGUCUCUUGGGCGCACUCGACUGGGAAAACUUGAGUCCGCAGCACGACCGCACUGGCAGGGAGAUGUGCUUCGCGUGUAUGUGGACUAUGGUUGUUGGAUGGGGACAUGUGGAUUAUGGGUAUUUAGCAGCCGCAUGAGCGCGCCCGACAGGUCCUGCUGCAAGUGGUACUGUAACUCAGCGCCGGAAAAUUAAUCAUUGUCGAGUUUGACGUUUUUCAGGGCAGCUGCUCCACCAAUCGGCUCCGUGGACUCGACUGGACUGGUGACGGUCCGAUGGCAUGGACGAGCGCUGCGUCCCGCAACCCAAGAUUUUGUUUGCUGCACGGGCCAUGCAUGUACUUAUUACUGUAUUGACCGGCAUCCCCUGCGGCUGUGCGACCUCGGCGCGGUUCUGCGUUGGUGACACGCUGUGCGACCACGGUGGGUGUGACUCGCAAGCGGCACGACGGCGUGACGGCGGGACAUGAUCAAGCACGACCUACAUACCCCCUACAUAACUCGUGGUCUAUGUGCCGCCCGAGUCACAUCCGCCGCUGAGCCCCCGCGGGGCCAGGUUGCGCCACAGGGGGCAUACCGGAGUUCGGCAUCGCUGCGCAGGCGACCCUCCCUGCUCCAUUUAUGGCUGUGGGGGUUAUGCUUCAUGGUGGGGCGGCCACCCGGCUGGUGACGCUCUUGUUGGGGAUGGAGCAUUGCGCUUUGCGCUUCAGAUUGAUUCAAAAGGGGUCGCUGCUAGUUGAGGCCAUGGCGGGCCCGCUUACGGGAGCCUCUCGAUGACGGCCGUUGAUGAAGGUCCGGAAUGGUGGACGUCACUGUGGGCUCCUAUCCGCACAACCACUGACUGAGGAGGCACAAAGGGUACUCACUGAUGAGCUUAUUUGAUAUUGAGUUGCUGGUGAGGCAAGUCUCAGAGAGCGUGGGAGAACGCGAACAAGGAGGCAUAUAACCCGAUUCUGGUUGUUGUUGCCCGCUGGGCUUUCCUGUAUUUGUAAUUCGUGGUGAUGGGCUUGACGCAGGCAACGAGCCUAGCGGGCCGAUGACACAGCGGAGGCGAUACAGGGUCGCCUGCGGAUCGACGGGUAACAGAUCAUGGUAUUUUUGAAGAGAUCUCCGACGCGUCGAGAGCUGCCGAAGGUGGGAG